AGAAAAAGCCUUCAUGUUCGCCCCCUCCCCAAAAAAAAAAUCGCUCGAUCAAAAGGUUUUUGCCCUAGCUUCUCACCCCUGCGGCCCUGUCACCGACCCCAGCCCCCAUCCCUUCCCCUCCCCCUCCCCCUCUUCCCUUCCGGCCGCUCGCCGAACGCUAUCGGAAGCCCCCGCGGGGUCACAUCGAAGAUCGGGUUCUUCACUCUUCACAAAUCAGAACCCUCCUCGUCGCCUCUUCCGCUUCCGCUUCCGCUUCCGCUUCCGCCUCCGCUCUCCAACGAUGGAUCAGUAAUCGGCUCCUCCUUCCUUUGUUCUCGAUCCCCAAGCCCUCGUCCUUACGAUCCCCAUGGACAGCGAUGGGGGCAGCGGCAGCGGAACCCUUUCGGAGAUCUACCAGAGCGCACGUCGCCUCCUCCUCCGCACGAGGGAUGGGCUCGAGAGGCUCGAACGCCUCGAAUCGUCCUCCUCCUCCUCGUCGUCCUCCUCCUCGUCCUCGCGUGCCCCCUCCUCGCUCGGGGUAGGCGCCGAUUUGCCCGAGCUCUCCUUUGCCAUCAAGAGGGAUAUCGCCCAGAUCCGGUCACGCUGCGCCGAGAUGGAUCACCUCUGGCGAUCCGUCGCCGCCAAGGGCCAGCGGGAUCUCUGGAAGAGAAAACUGGAACAGCUAGCAGAAGAGGUUGACUCACUGAAGGAGACCCUUGACAAGCACUUAAUGCGCCAACAAAAGCGAAUGGUCGAAGCUAAAGAAAGAGCAGAGUUACUGGAAAGAGCAAAUGGGGACUCCUCUCAUGUCUUGAGAAUAUUUGAUGAGGAAGCACAAGCAAUGCAAUCAGCUCGAAACUCCUCCAUAAUACUCGAGGAAGCUUAUGCCACUGGAGUGGCUAUUCUAUCGAAGUAUGCCGACCAGAGGGACCGCUUGAAGAGAGCACAAAGGAAAGCGUUGGACAUCCUUAAUACAGUGGGUCUGUCUAAUUCUGUCUUAAAGCUUAUUGAGAGGCGUCAUCGUGUAGACAAGUGGAUUGCUUAUGCCGGUAUGAUCAUUACGGUUGUGGUGGUAUAUGCAUUUUGGAGGUGGACGCAUUGAUUUUUUUGUUCUGUAAUUAUUAGUGUGAUAUCUGAGAGAACCAGCAAACAAUUGUAACUGAGGAUGGUACUCAGAAUAUUCAUUUGAACUUUCCAUUGGCCGAUUGUUGAAGUUGUAUCUACGCAAAACUAGCCUUUAUAUGUAGGUUUUCAUCAUUAUUAUUAUUUUUUGAAUAGGGUGACAUUGUAUAUGUUUGUGAUUUUUUCUUUUACUUUUUUCCUUCCCUAGAGUAGGGAAUUGGAUUGUAGACUUGCAACAUGCUAUUUGGGAUUUACUAUUUGCACGGCAUGUGCAAGUUGGUUGAAGA